AUGUCCACCCUCAUCACCGGAACAGGCCUCAACCCCCAGCGCGUGCGUAAGCGCCUGGCUCGUGAGGGACACAAGGCGUCUCACGAUGCCCAGAACCUGCGUGGUCUGCGGGCCAAGCUGUACCAGCAGAAUCGCCACAAGGAGAAGAUUCAAAUGAAGAAGCGCAUCAAGGCUCAGGAAGAGAAGAACGUCAAGUCCGCCGCACCUGAAAUUCUCAUGUCAACCUUGAAGGACCCAAUGCAAUGCAACGUACGAUCCAGUCGAUUUGAUCCAGUGAUAUUGCAGAACACCAUAGGCCAAGCUAUAACCAUCACUAUGAAAAGCAAGAGCCAACAUCAACGCUAA